CCGUCGACGACACAUAUGUACAUAACUCAACAUAACUCUCAUGAUCAACAAUUUCAUCCACGAAACUAGAGAUAUGAUUUCAACAUUAAGCUAUAUCACAAAAUAUAGUUAAAUCACUCCUUUUUUAUCUGAUCAAAAUAACUAUAAUAAUUAUUUAUAAAUAUAAUCAUAAUAAAAGUGUGUGUUUUAAAAAAAAAGUGCUCCAAAUUAAUCCAAGAGUUUUACUAAAAAAUAAUAAUGACGAAUGACUGUUGCUGACUCAAGAAAUUGGUUAAAAAUUAAUUGAAUAUAUAUAUAUAAAAAAUACACAGUAAAAUGGCUUGGAGUUCAUAUCAAAAAUUGCUUGCAUUGGUGAUGUUGGUAACAGGAUCCUUCAACACACUCUCAGUCAAAUAUGCAGACAUGCAAGAAGUUGUUGGCCAAGAUGGAUCAAUAAGAAAAUUUAAUCAUCCAUUUAUGCAAUCGGCAUUUAUGUUUAUUGGUGAAAUGUUAUGUUUGCUAAUUUUUAAAAUAGCAUUUAUUUAUUUUAAUCGUCUUGGAGAUGGUACAGUUGAUAGCCAUCCAUUAACAAAAGGUUCUAGAAAUUUUAAUCCACUUGUACUGCUAAUACCAGCAUGUUGUGAUUUAAUAUCAACCUCGACAAUGUACGUUGGUCUGUCAUUGACACAAGCAAGUAGUUUUCAAAUGUUACGUGGUUCAGUUAUUGUAUUUACUGGUAUAUUAUCUGUUGGUUUUCUUGAGAGAAAACUUGGUGGCAGAGAAUGGACUGGAAUAAUACUUGUUAUUGUUGGUCUUUUGUUUGUUGGAGUGAGUGAUCUUACAACAACUAACAAAGAUUCACCAGGAUUAAAUUCAGUUGUAACUGGAGAUUUAUUAAUAAUUUGUGCUCAGGUUAUAACUGCAGUACAAAUGGUUGUUGAAGAAAAAUUUGUAUCUGGUUUGGAAAUUCCACCACUGCAGGCAGUUGGUUGGGAAGGAGUUUUUGGUUUUAUUGGAAUUAUUUUAUUGAUGAUACCAUUGAAUUAUAUUCAUGCUGGUCCACCAUUUGGAGAUAAUUCUCAAGGAACAAUUGAAGCAUCACUUGAUGCACUUGUUCAAAUUGAAAAUAGUGGAAGAUUAUUCAUGGCUGUUAUUGGUAUCACUGUUAGUAUUGCAUUUUUUAAUUAUGCUGGAUUAAGUGUUACACAACAAAUGUCAUCAACUACUCGAAUGGUUCUUGAUAGUUUAAGGACAAUUGUCAUUUGGGCAUUUUCAUUGACUUUUCAAUGGCAAGAGUUUCAUUUUCUUCAAUUGGUAGGCUUUACUGUUUUACUUGUUGGAAUGUCAUGCUACAACAACGUCAUUAUUCCACAAUUGAUAAGAAAAAUUAUCGUUUUAAUUGGUCGUCAUAGACCACCACCUAGUGAUGAAGUUCGUGUGAUAAAUGCUGCAGGUGAUCCUGAGCAAGGAAUUUAAUUGUAAAAUUAAUUUUUAUUUUUAAUCACCUUUCUGGUUAUUGAGAAAUGGUGCCUUCCUAAAUAAUUAUUAAAAUAUAUAUUCAAAAGACUCAAAUUUAUAGCUCAUA